AUGGAUAGAAGAUUUCCUUUUUAUUACCUGAGUGCUAUUCAGCUGCAGCAACCUCAGCUUCAGUUCUCAGACAGUUACAUCAUUCAGCGUCUAAGAGACACCCUUAAUUCCACCAUUAAUGACGUGAAACUUCUGAAAGAGCAAAAUAAAGCACUGAAGAACCAACAGAAAGAAACCGGGCCGGAUGUGACUCUAAGAGGAGCUUAAGGUAAAGGAUGAUCUCCUUGUUAAAGCUUCUCUAAAAGAGCAGGAGAUAAAUAUGGACAUAGGUCUAUGCAAUCACCUUGGACCUGCUGGCCCGAAAAGAGGAGGAGGUAAAACACCUGAAAGAGGAGCUGCAGCUCAAAGACGGGCUCCUGGAAAGUGCUGUAAAGAAGGAGCAGAGAAAAACCAAGACUUGUGAGGAUGCACUAGCCCAAAAAGAGGUGGAGAUAAAGAGUCUCAGAAAUAACCUCAGAAGGGAGCUAGAUCUCAAAGAAGAACUUGGGGGUGAGAUAAAGGAGAGGGAUGAAAACCAACUGGCCACUGAAAAGUUGAAGGUGACCAGGCUCCAAGAGAAGUUGGAGUCAAUGAUUGAGCUCCUGAGCAGGGCCGUCAAACAAAGACCGAAAAGAACCACGGCCUAUCUAGACACUAUGGACCUGCCUAACCGAAAGGAGAUGGAGCUGAAGAAGACUGAGUACUGGAGGAGCAAGUGCACCGAGCUGCAGAAAAGUCCUAAUGACCAGACCAGCCAGCUGCAGGUACUUCAGAGCUCGGAUAUAUGA